AUGGACCAGCAAGGCCGCGUUUAUUAUCAACUUAAAGCAACCUACCCUUUGGAGGAGUUGCUGGGGCGCCAUCAUGACGAGGCCGUUCCCAAGAUUGGAGCCUCUUUCGAGACGCAGAGCGACAGAAAUACAUGCGAAGGCAGAUAUGGACGGUCAGGAUCGAGCUCUGCGUCUGCAUCGGGGGGAACCAAUCCAGUACAACCUCUAUCAGGGGAGGGCCUCUUGGGGGGACAUCCCAGCAUUGCAUGUGCAUCUGCAUCAGGGUUAACCAGAGCCCAAGAUCUUACCAUUGAAGCCAGGAGGAUCGAGCUUCUCCCCAUGUUUGACGCGCAGAUAUGGAGUGAGCAGGAGAGUGGUCUGUUGGAGGAGCAGUUGCGGCGCCAUGGGCGCCUUGAAGGCGGCAUCAGCCUGUCAUGCGCUAUCAUCGCCCCGCCCUGUAUGCAAGACCAGCCACACCCACCUUCUGAGGACACUCAAAUCUCGACUCGGAGUGAGCAGGAGAGUGGUCUGUUGGAGGAGCAGUUGCGGUGCCACGGGCGACUUGGGAAACCGAUCAGCGUCCCUCCUCCCUUCAUCAACGACAAGCCUCACGACAAGCCUCACGACAAGCCUCACGACAAGCCUCACAACAAGCCUCAUGACAAGCCUCACAACAAGCCUCACAACAAGCCUCACAACAAGCCUCCCACACAUGCUGAGGAUCUUCGAAUCCGGAAUCAGAAAUCCGGCCGCGGGCAACUUGAAGAUUCCACUGUGGUGCCGAAGCCGUUCGCAUAUCUGCCUCGCUUGCCAGAGCCCCUGGCACGUCCGUCCCAUUCAAAGGGUCCUUCUGCAAUCCCAGCUUUCGAGAGAGCCGUGGGUGGGCUUUUCACAGAGGAGCAGCGACAGCAAGUGGCAGUGGAGAGCUGGAUCGCACAUGCCUUGAGCGCCUCUGCAUCAGAGGGGAUUCUUGAGACGCCUCAAAGCCUGAGCGCCUCUCCUCAAAGCCUGAGCGCCUCUCCUCAAAGCCUGAGCGCCUCUCCUCAAAGCCUGAGCGCCUCUCCUCAAAGCCUGAGCGCCUCUCCUCAAAGCCUGAGCGCCUCUCCUCAAAGCCUGAGCGCCUCUCCUCAAAGCCUGAGCGCCUCUCCUCAAAGCCUGAGCGCCUCUCCUCAAAGCCUGAGCGCCUCUCCUCAAAGCCUGAGCGCCUCUCCUCAAAGCCUGAGCGCCUCCGCGACAGAGAAAAUGGCCCAGCAGCAUCUAGUGCAGCAGCAGCAGCAGCAGCAGCAGCAAGUGGCGACAACCAGCUGGGUGGCACACGCUGAGCUGGCAGGGCUGGCUCUGCCGCCCGAUCUGAUCCGAGAAUCUGCACUUGCCGCCCGGUUCGCGCAGAAGCAAAUGCAGAUGCAGGAGAAAGUUUCUGGUGCUUUCUGCCGGCCUGCUGCCUCUGGGGCCUGUUACAAGCGCGAAAGAGGCCAUGGCUUGACAGAGGGAGAGCCUUUUGAGAAGUCUCGAAGGCCUCUCUUCUCACAUACCACCACUCCUGAUGUUUGCUGCACAGACGCUGUGCCUGGUGCUUCCUGCUCACCUGCUGCCUCCACGGAUGUUUACUGCUCACCUGCUGCCUCCACGGAUGUUUACUGCUCACCUGCUGCCUCCACGGAUGUUUACUGCUCACCUGCUGCCUCCACGGGUGUUUACUGCUCACCUGCUGCUCCUGGUACUCCCGGUGUUUGCUGCGCAUCCGCUGCUCCUGGUACUCCCUGCCCACCUGCUGCCACUCCUGGUGUUCGCUGCACACCCGUUGCUCUUGCUGUUUGUCAUGAGUCGGAAAGAGGAGACGCCUUGGCAAUGCAACAGCCUCCUGCCACGUGCACGCACCUGGUUGGAUUGGAGAAUGCUCUGCAUACUUUUGACGCGAAGCAAAAGUCACCUCUUGAGGCGUCGCAAGUAACGACUGCUAAGACACCACAUGUAGUGCCUUUUGAGGCGUCGCAAAUGCCGCCUGAGGACUGGCGGCCGCGCAUUCGAGCGCGGUUGGAUGGGCAAGCGGUGGGGCUGGGAUGCAUUCAGCCGAGGAGCAUGAAGGAGAGGUGCCGCCGUGAUCGCAUCAGGUGA